AUGUCGUACAAUGCAAUUGCGCCUGCAACGUUGAACAUGUACUGCUGGAUCUCCAGCACGUUUUCCAUCCCUGUGCAUUGGACCGGAGAAGUUGGAAAAGAUGUACCGCAUCCCGGGCUUGGACCUACUAGUGACUACGAUGCUCACUACCAUGCUUAUUAUCAAUGGGUUCCUUUCUUCCUGUUUUUGCAAGCCAUCUUGUUCUAUAUGCCGCAUUACAUCUGGCGGCUGAUCGACGGAGGAAAAAUGAAAUCCCUGGUUCAAGGACUGAACAGCACGUCGAUGUUGUUGGAUACCGAAGCGAGAAAGGAAAAAGAAAAGGUUCUCUCCAAGUACUUUUUCCAGCACUUGCAUCUUCACAAUGGCUGGUCCUUCAAAUUUGUUUUCUGUGAACUGUUGAAUUUGGCGAAUGUCAUCGGCAACAUUUACUUCACGGAUAAAUUCUUGGGCUAUCAGUUCACGGAUUUUGGCUCUCGAGCUGUUGGAUAUUUGCGAGACCCUAAAUUGGACGCCAUUAGUCCGCUCGUGAAAGUUUUCCCAAGGGUCACGAAGUGUACUUUCCACAUGUACGGUCCCUCGGGGACGAUCGAGCGUCACGACACGCUUUGCGUCCUCGCCCUCAACAUCAUCAACGAAAAGAUUUUCGUUUUCAUUUGGUUUUGGUUCGUUAUUCUUGCCGUCGUCACUGGUCUGCAAAUUGGAUACCGUGCUGUCACUCUGUGGAGCCCCGUGUUGCGAGUGAACAUGCUGCGAACGCAAGCCCGACUCAACUCGCAACACGAGCUUGACGUGGUCAACCGCAAGUGUCUUUUCGGGGAUUGGUUCAUGUUGUACAAUCUGGGCAGGAACUUGAAUCAUUUCGUGUUCAGCGAGUUUAUUUCGGAUUUGGUGAGAGUCAUGGAUUAUGAGCAGAACGGCAACGUUAUGGAAAUGGCUCCGCUGAGCAUGCCUGACGCCCCUGCUUAUGUGGAAAAAGAGAAAACUUACUAA